AUGACAAAGUGUUUUUCUUUUUUCCGAAGAAGAACGGGUGCAGGUGGUGGAUCGUCGAAAGGAUGCGGUGUGGAAGAUAACUUGAGCAGCAAGUCAAGCGUGAAUAGGGAAUACCUCAGUGCAUUUAGAACAAAAUCUUAUGUUGAAAUAUGUAACAAAGCUCAAGAAUGUGGAAUUGAAAGCACGAGCUCGAGCACGAGAUCGCCACUCUCUACAUCAUGUUCCACUUCUUCUUCUUUGCUCGAGCCUCGACAAGAAAUUGUUAGAAAUGUGAUUAAGUGUUUUAAGGUGCAUCAUCUUCUAGUCGACUAUUUUGAAGCUAGCUUAGAAGCAUGUCUUUGCUUCGACAAAAUCCUUCAAGGUAUACGUCAAACUCGAUUUGCUUAUGGAAAAUGUGCUGAUGCGUUCGUGAAGAAAGGUGAUGAUGAGAAUGUUAUCUAUAAAGAGCUUGUUUCAUUUGUUAUUAACAACUCUUUGUGUUUGUCUAAUAAUGCUAUUAACUUUCGCGACAAUCAUGAAAAACAAGUGUUGCUUCUGGAUAGACUAAACUCGAAGAGAUUGAAACUUAGAAGAAGAAUAACAAUAAAGAGGUUAUGCAAGAAAGUUGGAGGAAUCGGUUUAAUCGUUUCGCAAACCGCUCUUUUAAUGGCUUUAUUAUUAUUCGCUUUUCAUAGUAUAAUUGGGUUGGCAGCUGCACCUUAUGUAAUGGGUGGAUUCUUUGGUUUGAUGAAGAAGAAGAGAUUCAAAGGGGUUUAUGGAAAGUAUGGUUCUAGUGAAAAACUAUAUGAACAAAUUGAUGUAGCUGCAAAAGGGAUUUAUAUAAUGAUAAAUGAUUUGGAUACUAUGAAUAGAAUGGUUAAGAGAUUAGAGGAUGAAGUGGAACAUUGGAGAGAGGUUGCUGAUAUUUGUGUGAAGAGUUAUAGUAAUGGUAAUGGAAGGUAUGAAAUAUUGAAGAUGGUUGUGAGGGAAUUUCAUGAUUGCCGAACUAACUUUAUGGAUCAGUUGGAAGAGCUUGAAGAGCAUAUCUAUUUGUGCUUUCUCACUAUUAAUAGAUCUAGAAGACUACUUAUGCAGAAGAUUACUGAAAAGUGA